GACGGUACAGGUGCAACUGAGACGCUGCAAGCCACUGCUUCUGCCAUCCACCAGCCGCAGAUGCCGCCGCAAUUUUUGCCUGAAAGCCAUGGCCAUGAUGCAUUGGGUGACCAUGCCCUGCAUCUUCUUGAAUUGUUUGAGAACGCAGGAGAUUGUCGUGCUUUUCUCUCUGAACUUCCCCUCUUCUCAGCCGACCCGGAGGUCACUCUGGACAAGAUCGCGGAGCAUUACCAGGCGCAAGUCUCUGACCUUUGCUUGGACAAUGUGAACAGUCACGCUGCUCUUGAAGUCGUGCCAUGGAUCGGAGACACCAUGGUCUACCCUUUGGCCGUCCUGCUUGAAGCCACAGCCCGAGCCACGGCUAUUCCACUGGUAUUCUGGACCGAUCUAGUGCAAAGUUUCGGAAAUGCAGUGGUGCACAAGCGGGCCGGCGUGCAACUCACUGAGCGGUAUCAUACCAAGAAUCGGUAUUGGAUGGUUGGCACUGCAAACGUCGCUGAAGGGAAGUCACCAGCGAUGAUGCCAGUCGUCGAAGCUGUGGAGAGGGCGUUGCACCAGAACACAGCUUUCACCGUGGGCUCACCUGGCGACCAGUUUCACCUGCAACAGGGCAGCACUUCCGCAGCGGCUCGCGAAAAGCUUCGUUUCUGUGACGGAUAUCUGGCAAUACAUUCGGAUGAAGCUGGCGCCUGCCUUUGCCCUGCUUUUGCCAACGGUGGAGCCACUGACCCAUCCAAGUUCAUUGAUUUCCAACUGUUUCUCAAUGCUGCCCACGUGGCAGCAACCAAACCACUUGGAUUGGUGCAGCGCUUUCUCUUUUCCUUUGGAGCUCGUUUGAAUAUGGGCAAGCAGUCUUGGAAUGGCUUCUUGCAAGAUGUCACUGUGCCUAUUCUCGAGCAGCUUUUUAGUGCUAUCAUCCGGCGGUUUGGGCCUCAUAUUACCACUUCAGCCGACUUUGUCUUUGAAACUACACAUGCACAGCGUGCGGUCAUUGUUGAGCUUGAAGAGAUUGGCCGCUUGUUUGCUCGCAAAGAUUCCGUGCACACGGUCUUUCGGGAGGCCAUGCCCAAGGCCAUGUAUUGGCUGGGCACCGCCGUGCUGACAAACCACCUGGUGGCGAAUUUGUGGCCAAGUGCGUUGGGGCGUGAUUUGCCGGAUGAGUUUCCCACGACUGUGUCCAACGAGUGUUUCAUUGCGAGUGUCCAAUUCAUGCUGAAGCGGUAUCUUUAUGGCCAGGCAAUCCUCAGCGUCACUUCCAAAGAGCAAACUUGGUUGCACCGUCGGCGCGACUUCCGCGACGCGGAGGAUGAUUUACUCCCAUUGCUGCUCCGCAUUUUGCGGGGAGCGCCUGGCUCUGUCAUCACCUUGGAACACAUUUUUUGCGCAGACCUGGCAUUGAAACGAAGUAUCGAGAAAGGCUCCUGCAACGCGGCGGAUCUGGCCCGCCAACGCAUCGCUGAUUUGUGGUUGCAGCUGAAAGACCUUGGGCUUGGGGAGCUGUGCAGCUCCGGUGGUACUGCGCGAUUCCGCAAAUAUCAUGUCGGGUCACUGUCUCCUGGUUGUUUGGAUUGGUUGCGGAAACACCGGGUGCCACUUUCCCAUUUCGGAAAACGUUCACAUGUUGAUCAUGCAGCUUUUCUAGGCACCUGCCGUGGAGGGUGCGUGGACGUUGAUUCGGGUGUGUGUGGAAGCAAAGACACAGCAGUGGGCUCCGGGGAGCAAGAGCUUCAACCUUUGCAAAGUGCAGUGCCUCGUGUUGCAAAACCGUCUCCACAAGUUGCGCGUGGCGGUGCAAGUGCCCACCCAAAUCAACCAGCCAAACCAAGGAAGAAGAAGCAAGCCAUCCAGUGGCGCGACAUUUCUCGGGUGGAGCUUGGGUCUCCUUUGAUGUCCAACCAGCAGCUUUUGCAGCACCUGCGCCGCAGACCUGAAUGGGCUGACACCAGAGUGGCCGUGCGGACUUUGUGGCAAAACAAAGAACGCAUUUUGAGUGAGGUUCGCUGCGUAGAAAGCGAACUGUGCACCCAUUGCUGGCGAACCCACUACAUUCUCAGCAAGAGUUUGUACAGCCCUGGAACUUUGGUCGUUCAGGCAUCUGGUGAACACACCGGGCAUGACGGUGCUGUACCUUGUGCGUCAGGGAAAAUCUUCAACGAAAAGCAGCGCGAAAUUGCUGCCCGCUUCCUCUCCGGAGGUGGCCGUGGGGCCAAGAAUUUGCGCGUGGCCCUUCUAGCUGCAGGCUGUGCCGAUGCAUCAUUGCCUGACAACACCCAGCUUGCCAAUUGGUUGAGAAACAACAGCCGCAAAAACAAGGAUGCCCUCGACAAAGACAAGUCUGUUGUGGCAGCG